AUGUCGCAGGAUGGCUUACCAAGAACAUGCCGGAGAAGCUUUAAAUUCACAUCCACCAUGCUCCAUGCAGCGUCAAAUAUUUUUUUGGAUCAGAAAAUUUGUGAAGAGCAAUGGAAUGGUUAUCUACAGAGGAACGUUAAGACACGGGGCAGACCAUUGGAGAAAAUGUUGAAACUUGGUUCAAUUCUUCAUUGGCUUCGACAUGGAGCCAAAUGCAUCACCAACUGUGCUCAAAUCAAUAAGAUCUUGACUGAUGCUGCUUUGUUGAAACUACAAAAAUCAGAGAUAGAAGAGUUACGUAUGAAGCUUGAGUAUGAGUCAGAAUGUGAAAAGCUAAAAUCACAAUUGGAAGAAGUGAGAGCAAAACAGAAGGACCAGGAGAAAUACAUCAAGGAGCAACAGUUGAAAAUUGUGAGCUUAAACAAUCGUAUCCUUAAUUCAGAUUUUAAGGCGAACCAGUCAGAG